AUGAGAAUAGGAAGCUUCGCGGCUUUGCUGGCCGCACCAGCCAGCAUCGCUGCAUCUUCACACUCGUCCACGUCCUCCAAUUCUUCCAUCUGCUCGACAGCCUCGGCGUGCAAACCCUUCCUGAUCGAAGUGACAUGGGGACCAACCGACCCGUCGAAUGUCCUCUCUAGAGAGGCGAUCUUGACCAAUGGCUCUUUCCCUGGCCCUCCCCUGAGACUCAAUGUUGGAGAGUGCGUCGACUUUACCGUGGUGAACAACAUGCCCAAUGUCACGGGUGUUCACUUCCACGGUAUUCGGCAGCUAGGUACCCCGUGGUCGGACGGGGUCCCAGGUGUCUCCCAAUACUCGAUCAAACCAGGCUCCAGUCACAACUAUCAAUGGACAGCUGAGGAGUCUGGGGUCUACUUUUAUCACAGUCACUACAAGGGCCAAAUGAUGGAUGGCCUAUACGGUGCAAUCAUUAUCUCUCCCAACGAGACUGAGACCAGGCCGUUCUCCCUGAUCAGCAACAGCUCUACCGAUAUUGAAAAGAUGAUGGCUGCAGAGGCUAAAGUCGAGACGAUCCUUACAUCGGACUGGAAUCGCUAUACGUUUAACGAAUUUUUUGAGAUUGAAAAGACCGCCAAUAUCGAUUACUCCUGCACAGACUCUUUCGUCCUCAACGGUAUGGGGUCCGUGUAUUGUUUACCUGUGGCUACCCUCAAUGCCGACAAGGCUCCGCAAGCAUCAGUUGCUCUCAACGGAAGCUCAUUGACUGCCAAAGGCUGCAUUCCGCCCAAUAACGUUCUGGUUCAAGGCAACUACAACCGCAAUUUGGCCGCUCUUCCCGCGGGUGCAUAUUCUGAAUGCACACCAUACACGGGCAAAAACUUCACAUACACUGUCGAUGCCAGUGAUGAAUGGGCGUCGUUGGCCUUUAUCAGCCCCAGUGGAACAGCACUCUUCAAGAUUACGAUAGACAGUCAUAAGAUGUAUGUCUAUGAAGUCAAUGGUAACUACGUUGAGCCACAAGCCGUGGAUCAGAUUGAACUCGACAAUGGAGACAGAAUUUCGGUGAUGGUCAAGCUCGAUCAAACCCCGGCAGACUAUACCAUCCGCGUCGCAAACAGUGGCUUGAAUCAGGUCAUCUCAGGGUACGGCAUUCUGUCCUAUCAAGGAGGCUCAGGUCCUGCAGCCUCUGCCGAGGCUCUUAUGAACUAUGGUGGCCAGAACACGACCACAAUCACGGCCCUGAACAGGGCUAUUGCUUACCCUUACCCUGCCGCAACGGUCUCGAGUACGGCAGACACUACAUUUGUUCUCGACAUAAUGAAAGACCCACAAGAAGCGUUGUCAUGGGCUUGGUCUCUGAAUGGAGUAGACGCGUACAACCAAAGUCGAGACGACGAAACUCCGCCACUACUGUACGAGUCGCCUGCCGAUAUCCCCCAAAGCGACCUCAUACUGAGAACAAACUAUAACGAUUGGGUAGACCUUAUCAUCAAGGUGGCUGGUCCAUUGGCCGAACCGCAUCCCAUUCAUAAGCACGCCAACAAGUUCUUUGUGAUUGGCGCGGGCACUGGUGAUUUCAACUACACCACUGUCGCCCAGGCGCAGUCAGCUGGGAUGCAGUUCAAUUUCGACAAUCCACCAUACGCUGACGGUUACACAACCACAGAAGCAGAAGGGCCGGCGUGGAUGGUACUCAGGUACCAGGCCAACACCCCUGGAGCCUGGUUGUUGCACUGUCACGUUCAAAGUCAUCUGACGGGCGGAAUGGCCGUGGCGAUUCUAGAUGCGGUCGACCGGUUCCCAACAGUGCCUUCUGACGUUGGCGAGGUUUGUUCGAACGCAGGUUCUGCCCUCACCGACGAUGGAACUUCCCCCAAUUCCUCCUCAGUGACUGUCAAGUCGUACACCGGCAGUGCAGCAACCUCGUCAAGAAAUCAACUCGCCAGUGCUUUGGGUCUCGGCUUGGCUUUGGUCGGUGCUUCUGGUCUCCUUUUGUGA